CUUGAAGAUCUGCAGAUAAAGAAAGGCGAACAAAAGAAAAAAUCAAUAUACAGAUUACUCAUACGCAAUGCCAUAAUUGAGCUUGGUUAAUUAUUCAGCACUCGUCGAGCCGCUCUCUGUAUCUUUGUCUCUCUCGCUUGGUAAUUUACGCUCUUGGCCACAUUAUGACGCACAACGCACACACUUUGUACGAAAUCAUGUUCAGUUCAGUUUGUAUUCAGUUGUUUAAUCGUUUGGUUGUGCCCCAAUACCGGUCAUCUCCAUGACAACGGCGAUACGAGUAUAAAAAUUCAUGUUCAUCCACCAACAACAACAACAACUUGUGGAAAAGGCUUCAAUUGCAUAUAUAGCAUUUGCAAUUGUUUAAACAAAUGACAGAGCUAACGACGCGGAACCGUUUCGAAAACUCAACAAUGGCCCAAUUGGAAGAACGACCCAACGAAACAGAGAUGAAGUCAAUGGAUGCGAAUCGUUAUGCGACGAAGAAAACAAUUGCCCAGGGAAUGCUGGAUAUAGCACUCUUAACAGCGAAUGCAUCGCAGCUAAAAUAUAUACUACAAGUCGGGGAACAGCAUCAGUUCUAUAAGCUGAUGCUAAUACUGAUUAGUCUGUCGAUUGUCUUACAGCUAUUGGUUGGAAUUCUGUUUGUGGUCAUCGGCAGUCUGAAUAUUAACAAACAACAUGACCAGACGGCGGCCAUAAUAUUAAACGAUGUCAUAUUGGUGGUCAUCUUUAUAAUAUCGGUGGUUAAUGUUAUAAUUUCCGGUUUUGGCAUCGAGUAUUCCUCCCAACCUCUUAGACUCAUCGAUCAGCACGCUAAAACGCCGUAGCUAUAUGUAGAUAAACAUAAAUCUAUGAUUGACAAUAGAUUUUAAUUACGAAGCUAAACAUUAAAUAAGUAUUAUGUCAAAUAUAUUUUGUAAGAUUUCUAAGAAAUAAACCAAAAACUAUAUGUUCAAUCAAUGC